AUGUGGCUGAUGGAUGAACUAAUUGUGCAUUGCAGUCAUCCAUCACCAUCCGUUCUUAUUCCAGCCCUUAGGACUGUUAAAAAUAUUGUCACUGGACAUGAUAUACAAACUCAGUAUAUCAUCAGCAAUAAUGCACUGCCCCGUCUCUUGAACCUCUUGAAUGGAGCUCAUAAGAAGAGCAUUAAAAAGGAAGCUUGCUGGACUAUUUCCAAUAUCACAGCUGGAAACAGUGGUCAAAUUCAGUCCGUAAUGGAGGCCAACAUUAUUGGAUCAUUAGUCCAGUUGCUUCUGAAUGCCGAAUUCGAUGUCAAAAAGGAGGCUGCUUGGGCAAUAUCAAACGUAGCAUCUGGUGGCACUCACGAUCAAAUCAAGUGA